GCGCCAGCGGGAGGUCUCGGGGCCACCUUGACGCCGAGACUUGGGCCAGGAGCCCGGGGCGGUGGGCGGUCUGGAGGCCCCUGGUACUUGGGCAGAAAGGAGCCACGUUCGACAGGAAAGAGGAUGAGUUUUGAUGCUACCAAGGGCUAGCGCCCUCGCUGCCCUGGUCGCCAUCAUCGAGGUUGUGAGAGGCAGCGUUGAAGAAUGUGUGGACGAACAUCCUGUCACUUACCUAGAGAUGUUCUCACAAGAGCUUGUGCCUAUCAGGAUGGGCAGGGCCAACAAAGGCUCCCAGAGUGGAGAGACGCUGACAAGUAUUGCCCCUCGUACAACAAGAGCCCUCAAUCAAACAGCCCCGUGCUUCUAUCUCGACUACACUUUGAGAAGGGUGCUGACUCAUCUGAGCGUAUCAUUGCUCCCAUGCGAUGGGGCUUGGUCCCAUCUUGGUUCAAAGAAAGUGAUCCUUCCAAGCUGCAGUUCAACACUACCAACUGUCGUAGUGAUACCAUAAUGGAGAAACGGUCCUUCAAGAUGCCUCUGGGAAAGGGAAGACGUUGUGUUGUUUUAGCAGAUGGAUUCUACGAGUGGCAGCGAUGUCAGGGAACAAGCCAGAGGCAGCCAUACUUCAUCUACUUCCCCCAAAUCAAAACAGAAAAGUCAGCCAACAUUGGUGCUGCCAGGAGUCCUGAGGACUGGGAGAAAAUCUGGGAUGACUGGAGGCUGCUAACAAUGGCCGGGAUCUUUGACUGCUGGGAGCCACCAGAGGGAGGAGACUGCCUGUAUUCCUAUACCAUUAUCACAGUGGAUUCCUGCAAAGGCUUGAAUGACAUCCACCAUAGGAUGCCUGCCAUAUUGGAUGGAGAGGAGGCAGUCUCUAAAUGGCUUGACUUUGGCAAGGUCUCAACUCAGGAUGCUCUGAAGUUAAUCCACCCAAUAGAAAACAUCACCUUCCAUCCAGUCUCUACCGUGGUGAACAACUCUCAAAACAACACUCCGGAGUGUCUGGUUCCUGUCAACUUAUUGAUCAAAAAGGAUCUCAAGGCAAGUGGCAGCAGCCAGAAGAUGUUGCAGUGGCUGGCCACAAAAUCACCCAAAAAGGAAGGCCCCAAAAUACCCCAAAAGGCAGAGUUAGAUGUGCCCCAGUGGUCCACCCAGUCCCUGCAGAAGAGGCCAUUCCCCACCAAGAGAGGCAGCACUGGACUCCUGGAGCGAUGGCUGAAGCAAGAGAAGGAGGAGGAACCAGUGGCCAAACGGCCUCACAGUCAGUAAUGCACGACUUUCAGAGACCAAGGUCAUGGUUUCCAGUAAUAAAUACUGCUGUUGAUAACAGAUUCUUGCAUUGUGUGUUUAUGGAUUGCUUUGGGAGGAGGUAGCACAAUGUUAGUUGACAGUUGUGAGUUCAUGGGGCAAUGGCUAUACUAGCUAUGACCAGUAACAGUGGGGCUGUGAGCAGCCUGGGAAGAAGAGGAGCCACCUCCAUCAACUCAUAGGGGUACAUGAUGUCUGUAGUCUUUCCUGGUAGGACUGGUUGAACCUUCCCUCAAAGCCUGACCUUACUGGCAGUUCUCAGCCCCAACCUGACUUGGUACUGCUAGUAAAGGUUGUUUUCUGCUCAGCCUUUAGGCUCUUUCACUCUUUUGCAACUAAGUUCUUAAAACAUUGUUUUUGGGUUUUUUUCUGAAUAAAUUGUAUUUGAUAAACUGUCUACAUUUCAUAAAAUGCUGCUACGGGUAGGGAGAGUUCUGGAUCUUGCUGUUUUGGGCGUUCUGUGGACAAAACUGCUUUUUUGGAAAUAAUAAAAAGACUCAGUG